GGUGCGAUGAAUUUACAACUUCCUUCGCCCAACGUUUUCAAAGCAAAAGAAUCGUGCUCGAGAAAAACCCUAGAUUGAGGGAGAGGGGAGCCCGCUGUAGCAAGCUGAAAAAAGGAUAGCUUGAUUAGUCAGUAAUUCCGAUCCGACCAAUUUUCCGUGCUUCGUCCGCCGGGUGAACAUCAAUGGCGACAGGGGGGAGGCUUCGGGAGCUCAUGAAAAAAUAUGGCAAAGUGGCCUUAGGAGUCCAUCUCUCUGUCUCUGCAGCGUCCAUUACCGGUCUCUAUCUUGCCAUCAAGAACAAUGUAGACGUCGAGUCCAUGCUCGAAAGAGCUGGUCUUCCUGGCAUUGGCCGUCCACAAACUCCUAAGCAUCAGGAAAACAAGGAGAAGCUCUACAAUGACGACCUCAUUGAGGAGGAACCUGUUCUCGCACAAAAGGGGGAGAAGAAUCGAACGGCCGAAUUGGCAGCAUCAACUGGCGGGGCACUCGCAGUGGCUAUCCUCUUGAACAAGGCCCUCUUCCCUGUUCGAGUGCCGAUUACCCUUGCUCUUACUCCUCCGAUUUCAAGAUUUCUUGCCAGGAGAAACAUCCUUAAGAACCAUGUAUGAGUAAGUCGUGCUUUCCAUAAAACAGAUUUUUUUUAGCUGUGUACAUAAUCUUUCUUUCAUUUUUUUCAAUUGAAAUUUGAUAGAAAUUAUAAACAAAGCUUUGAAUC